UUCUGCAAACUCAUGAGCAGUGAAAUGGAGUUUACAAAAACCAUUGAAAGAGGGAGUAACUUAAUAAUAAUAAUAAUAAUUAAAUAAUAUAAAUAAAUAAAAUUUACAAUGUCUGAUGAAAAACCACAAGAAAGUCCAAAUCCAAAAAUUGUACGUAAAUUAAUUCAUUCUGUUUUGCCACAAAAUAUUGGAGGAGGUCCUCAUGGUUUAGGUGAUCCAGAAGAUCAAACUCUUAGAAAAUUGGAAAGAGAUGUUUUAAUACCAAAAAAAAUACGUGAAAGAACAAGCCGUGAAAAAUGUGUUGAACAAGCAAAAGCUUUUAGUGAAUGUGGUAAAGCAGCUGGUUUUCUUGUUGUUCACAAAUGUAAAUUAGAAAAUAAAGCACUAUGGGAUUGUGCUGCAUAUUGGUGGAAAGAUAAAGAAUUUGUUGAUGAAUGUACAAAAGAAUAUUUAGCUGAACGUUCAGAAUACAGACGAACUGGUGUUGGUGUAAAAGAUCAACAACAAAGAUUUAGAUCUGGCAUUAAUUAUUAA